AUGACGCUGUCCCCGCACCACUUCGUCCUGGGCCUGGCGCGCCAGGUGGAGCGCUGCCCCCUGCUGCCUGGGUACGGCCCCCGCCUGCGCCAGCCUGGGGCCCAGGCCACCCUGCAGCCCGCCCGCUGCGAGCAACACCUUAAAGAGGGGUCUGGUCUCCCCUCUGUCCCCCGGAUCUCCCCAGAGGCGGCUGCUGCUGGUGGACAUGGGCGGCGCCCUGGGGGCCAGCGCGUGGCAGCCGGGGGGGCACAGCGCCACCAUCACCCAGCUGCUGCCCCCUACCCCCGGCUGCUGCCCCCCUGGCUGCUGCUCGUCUGCUCAGCCCGGCGCCAUGGCAAGGCGCUCGCCCGGAUGUUCGCCGGGUUCCGGCGGAUCGGCCUGGACGACCUGCGGUGGGCGCCGGCGGUGCGGGACGGGCAGCGAUACGUCCUGGGCCGGCUGGAGCAGGAGGUGGGGCUGCCCCGGCACUGGACCCACGAGGCGGCCACGAUGCUCAACCAGCUGCACAUCAAGAGCGUUGGCUGCAUCCUGUACCUGGAGCGGGUGCUGGGCGGGGUGGCUGAAGGGUCGGUGGUGCUGCGGGAGACCCGCCACAUCCCCGGCUUCGCCGAGUGGCUGCUGGACGUGAAGUUCUGCACCCAGCACUACCUGGGCAGCGCGGCUGAGGGCCACGGCCUGCUGGCCCUCAGUGCCGCCAGCCGCCCCCCCCCCCCAGCUCCGCCCCCGCGAGGUGCACGGCCUGGCCCCCACCUGCUGUGCGCCGGCCUGCACCUGCCGCCCUGCCAGCGGGCGCUCUGGGUGGUGUGGCAGGACGUGCCCGUGGCCCACUGCCUGCAGGCUGACCUGCCGACACUGCCCCUGGAGACGGAGGUGCUGAGGCUGCUGGGGCUGGCGGGGGCACGCCUGGGCGAACGGGAGGCCGGCGUGGGGGCCCUGCUGCACCAGGCGCUGGAGCGGGAGGACUCGGUCCGCAAGCUGCUGGAGAGCGGGGCCAGCGCCAGCCAGCGGGAUGCCAACGGGUGCACCCUGCUGGCCAGUGCUGCCCACAGCGGCAACCCCAAGGUGGCCAGCCUGCUGCUGGCCUGGGGCGCCGAGGUGAAGGCCCCUGACCGGCACGGGCAGACCCCGCUGACACUGGCCGCACAGCAGGGCCAUGCUAAGGUCCUGCACUGCCUGCUUCCCCAUGGCGCUAACGUCAACCACGCUGACCGGAAGGUCUGGACGGCGCUGCGCUUGGCUGCCUGGGGUGGGCACGCCGAGGCCAUGGACACCCCUGCGGGCACGGACAUGGACAGCCGGGACACGGAGGACCACACGGCGCUGUGGGCAGCCGCCUGGGGGGGCCACGAGGACAUCGGGCGGACGCUGCUGGCGCACGGUGCCCAGGUGAACUGGGCCGACACCGAGGGGCGCACGGCCCUGAUCGCUGCCACCUACAUGGGGCACCGUGAGAUUGCGGAGUAGCUGCUCAGUCACGGCGCCGACAUUGACCACGCCGAUGUGGACGGGCGCACGGCACUGUCCCUGGCGGCCCUGUGCGUGCCGGCCAGCCGCGGCCACGUCGAGGUGGUGAGCCUGCUGCUGGAGCGCGGGGCUGACAUGGAGCAGGUGGACACCGUGGGGCGCAGCCCCCUGCUGGCGGCCGCCGCCAUGGGGCACGGCACCAUGGUGCAGACCCUGCUGCUGUGGGGCGCGGCUGCGGGCUCCAAGGACGGUGAGGGCCGGACAGCUCUGAGCCUGGUGGCCGCCCAGGGCAAUGAGGACAUGGUGCAGGCCCUGCUGGAGCGCGGGCUGGACGAGAACCACCAGGACGCCAUGGGCUGGAGCCCGCUACACCUGGCCGCCAGCGAGGGGCACAUGGGGGCCUGUGGGGCACUGGCCAAGCAUGGCGCCCACCUAGCCCAGCAGGACCGGGACGGCCGCACCCCCCUCAUCCUGGCAGCCCAGGAGGGCCGCGGCGAGUGCGUGCAGCUGCUGCUGGAGAGCGGCUCAGCCGUGGAUCACCGGGGCCAUGAUGGGGGCGCAGCGCUGGGCGCGGCUGCACUGGGGGGGCACCGUGGCACAGCUGAGCUGCUGCUGCGCCAUAGGGCUGACCCCAACCUGCUGGAUGCCAAGGGGCGGCCCCUGGCCUACCUGCUGGUGCUGGAGGGACACCAGGCCCUGCUGGAGCUGCUCCUGGCAAGCGGCAGCGACCUGGAGGCGCGGGGUGCCCAGGAGCGCACGGCGCUGCACGUCUCCUGCUGGCAGGGGCGGCUGGAGGCGGCGCGGGCGCUGGUGCACCAUGGCGCCGAUGUCAAUGCACCGGACACGGAGCAGCGCUCGGCCCUGCACUCGGCCGCCUGGCAGGGCCACGCCAGCACCGUGACCUUCCUGCUGGAGUGUGGGGUCCACGUGGACCAGGCCUGCAUCCAGGGCGCCAUGGCACUGGGCAUCGCCGCCCAGGAGGGCCAUAGCGAGGUGGCGCGGGCACUGCUGGAGAAGGGCGCUGACCCCACCCACACCGACCGGUACGGGCGCACGCCCAGCCACGUGGCCGCCCGCUGGGGCCACGCCGCCAUCCUGCACCUGCUGCAGAGUUACAGGGCGCCAACCGCCACCACCACCUCCCCGCUGGGCGCCUCCAGCCGCUCCUCCGCCAGCUCCGGCAGCAGCCCCCCGGCGGCCCCCGCCCCCAGCCAGGGUCCCGGCUCGGCCUUGCCAGAGUCUGUGACCCAGCGUGGCAAGUUGUCUGACGCCUCCCUGCACGGCUCCUGCAGCUCCACCUGCCACUCGCUGGCCACGGCACAGACAGUGCCGGCCGACCGCCCGACCUUCACCCAGCAGCUGCAGGCCCGGCCCCCCAGCCCCAGCUCCCCGCCCCCAAGAGCCCCCAGCCGCAGGCAGGCAGCCCAGGGUGGGAGGAGCCAUCCCCCGAGUGGGACAUCAAGCCCAACGGCCUCCUGCCCUGGCCAGGCAGGGGGCCGACGCGGACCCUCCCUCUCACCUCCCUCGCCAGGCUGGACCCCCAGCUGCGCCUCCAGCGAGCCGUCCAGCUGCGCUUCGAGGGCCCCACCUGCUGCAGCGACCCCAGAAAGGAGACGGCGCUGUGAAGGGAGCAGGGCCACCCCCACAGGGGCUGGGGUGUGGGGGCAGCGCUGGGCUGGGGCCAUAAGGGAGGGGCAGCACCGGGCUGGGUUAUCUGUGGGGUGCCCCUGGCAGCACCGGGAGCCUGUUCCAGCCAGGGGGGCAGGUGUGCUGCUGGAGGGAUAUUAUUCUGGGUGA